AUGAAUUAUGAACUUUGUUUGGAUAGCAACAGAAAAUUAUGUAACAUGAAGUCAUCGAGUUCAUUGGUUGAAAGCAAUGAGAUUUCACUGGGUAGUAAUCCAGAAUUUAUUGUCAAUAAAGAAUGGAAAUUAAUUAAACGCAUAGGAGCUGGAUCUUUUGGGGAAAUAUUCUUAGCUCUAAAUAAAAGGACUGGAGAGCAAGCAGCUGUCAAACUGGAAGCUUAUAGACCAGAUGCUUCUAUUCAGCUUCAAACAGAAUGUCAACUGUUUGAGAGCGUUAAGUAA